AUGGCGCCAACCGUUGAGGAACCCGUGAAGCGCGGUCGGGGUAGACCCCCCAAAGCCGAUGGCCAGAAGAAGACGCCCUACGUUCCCACGGGACGUCCUCGUGGUCGCCCAAAAGGUAGCGGAGGCGUGAAGAAGACGGUCGCACCUAGUACCACUGGCACCAAGACGCGCGGAAGACCCAAGAAGGCCGACGACGCAACCGCAGCUACUCCCAAGAAGGCUACACCAAAGUCUGCCGGCGCUGGUGGUCGCCGUGGCCGUCCUCGCAAGUCUGACGCCGCCGCUACACCCAAGGCCGAGUCUGCCAAGAAGGGCAAGGCUGCCAAAGAGGAAUUGCCCGCUGAUUCCGACUCGGAAGACGGAGAGGAAGCACAGGAAACUAAGGAAGACGCCGCGAUGAAGUCGCCAUCCGACGCCGCGGACUCUGCUGAAGAGGUGCGUCCUUGGCUGCCAUCGAGAAUGAUACGAGGAAUAUUCGGCUGA